UACAAACCCGAUCUACAACGCCUACCCAAUCAUCUGAACCCACGUGGUAUGAGUUCCUCAUCUUAUUCGUACAAGACUAUGCGAAUACGAGACAACUACUGAGGGGCUGACCCCCACUCACUCACUCCCAGGGAAAAGGUACAACACUUUUUCCCCACAAUCCCAUCAAAGUUGCUCGCUUUUUCACUUUUCCUCUCUUCUCUGUGUUGUAUGUAUAUGAAUAUACCAGAUUCAUUAUUGCUUCUUUCUGAUAUUUCGUAUCUGAUCCAAGAUUUACGUCCACACCGACGAAACGACUCCACCAAUGAACAAUAAACGACGCCCAAAACCUCCCAAAUCGACAACCACGCCCAAGAAACCCAAAUUCCUCAGCCUCAGCCUCCAGUUCCCGCCGGCGGAGACCCAAAAGACCAGAAGCUUGACCGAAAUGAGACAGCGCUCCGCCAUCCCUGCCACCAACUCGCACCAGCUCAACUUAUUCCCGCUCCAGCCAGAUAAUCAAGUGGAAGAGAGAGAGAACCACGAACACGAAAACGUAGCCUAUUUCUUCUCAGCCGCGGACGGCGGCCCCACCACCCUCACCGGCCUACUCGACACCGCCACCGUGUCUAAUUCCACCCACACCACCAACGAUAGUUCCAGGCCGGAUGAUUUGUCCCCGUCGGCAUCGCUAACGUACGUGUGCCGAAGACAGGACAGCGAGGAGCUUGUAAGGAACGCGCUGAGGAGUAGAGAGAGGGAAUCGAGCGAGGAGAAGUGGGUGUGUUACUCGGAGGUUGUUGAGAGGAAGGUGAAGGAGGAGGAGGUGACGAGCUCGGUGGUGGAUCUGUGGCGGGGAAGUGAGAUACAAGGGCUGUCGCUGAAGCUGGACUAUGAGGAGAUCCUGAACGCUUGGUCUGAUAAAGGGCCACUCUAUAUCCGCGUUGCAGAGAGUUCGCAGAUCGUUCCGGACAUCACCCAUGAUAUUCUUAAUUCCCAUGAGAUUGUAUCCAAUAAUGUUGAUGGUAUGAUGAUGUUGCAGCGGGGGAGGCAGGAAAGCAGUGUGGGAGUGGUUCCGGAGAUGGAUGAGAAUGGAAUGAUGGCGGGAAAUGGAAAUCAAAGGGAAGCGAGUGUGAUGAGGUACAAGGAGAAGAGGCUCUUCUCCAAGAAAAUACGGUAUCAAGUUAGAAAGAUUAAUGCAGAGAAACGGCCUCGUCUCAAGGUUUGUGAAGAGAAGUUGAGGGCACCUCAACCAUACCAAACUACCAUUAAGUAAUAGUAUGCAUUUGUUUCUGUUUUUGUGGCACACCCACCAGCACCUAAAGCCGAUGAUGUCAAGUGUAAAAUAUAUAUAUUCUUAAUUCCGGAGUGGGUGUAUGCAAAUAUAAUUAAUUCUGAAUUUGUUGGAUAGCAUUGUAAAUCAAGAGGCUAUUCGGCCCAAAUCCAAAUAUAUGGAUAUAUGGGUCUUUUAUGAUAACCCACUACCCACCCAUAGGCUAUAAUAGCAGGGUUGGACUCCCUAUGAUUAUAUAUUAUUAUGAUGGAAUAUUGGUACCUUCAACCAACCAUACCCCUAUAUAUUCACUCAGUUUGGAAACACGCAAAUACCCAAUACUU